UGACAAUCAGCUGUAUGAAAGUGGGGAGGAAAAGGCGAACGUCUGUAUUUUACGUUCGUUAUGUAGUUCAUGUCCUCAAGCGUAUCGUUGCAGUUGUAACUAUGGCGUGUUUAAGUUCCAGUAGGCUCUGUGCUCGUGUUCAAGAUAAGUUAUUGUGUCAAUUUGGACAUAAAGUUCGAAGGCAAACUGUAUUUGUGAAACUCAAACCCCCUGGACCUUCUCCUUUGCGGAUAUUUGGAAAGACUUGCCAGAGGGUAACAACAUGCGGGCCCGCCUGUGGCUCCGGCGGCGCGAGCGCAGCCACCUCGUCGGUCGGCGUGGCGCGCCGCCUCGCCUCCAGCCUACAGAGCACAAGCACCGGCUCCCUCCCAGACUACGGCACACAAAUCGUCGACCCCUACCGCUUGCUUGAAGACGACCUCAAUGGCAUAUACGAAGACAUACGAGCGGAGCUGGAGAAAAACACGAACCAGGCGGAACUGAACACCAUAGCUACAUACUACUUCGACGGGCAGGGCAAGGCGCUCAGGCCCAUGGUGGCGAUACUUAUGGCGCGGGCCGUCAACUACCACGUCUACGGUGAAAAUAGUGCACUGCUGCCGUCCCAGCGGCAGGUGGCGAUGAUCAGCGAGAUGAUCCACUCGGCGUCACUGAUCCACGAUGACGUCAUCGACCAGAGUGACUUCCGCCGCGGAAAGCCCUCUGUCAACGUGCUCUGGAACCACAAAAAGGUGGCGAUGGCCGGCGACUUCAUCCUCGCCGUGGCGUCGAUGAUGAUAGCUCGCUUGCGCAGCGAUGACGUCACACUCGUUCUCAGUCAGGUAGUGACAGACCUAGUUCAGGGCGAGUUCAUGCAGCUGGGCAGCAAGGAGACAGAGAACGAGCGAUUCGCGCACUACCUCACCAAGACCUACCGGAAGACCGCGUCACUCAUCGCUAACUCCGUUAAAGCGGUGGCCUUACUAAGCGGGGCGGACGAGAGCACGUGCGAGCUCGCAUUCCAGUACGGGCGCAACCUCGGGCUCUCGUUCCAGUUGGUAGACGACCUGCUGGACUUCGUGUCGUCCGCGCAGGCCAUGGGCAAGCCCACCGCGGCCGACCUCAAGCUGGGGCUCGCUACUGCGCCCGUUCUCUUCGCUUGCGAAAAGUACCCGGAGCUGAACCCUAUGAUCAUGAGGCGGUUCCAGGAGCCAGGCGACGUGCAGAAGGCCUUCGAGCUGGUGCACAAGUCGCGCGGGCUGGAGCAGACGCGCUUCCUGGCGCGCAAGCACGGCGCGCAGGCGGCGCGGCUGGCCGCCGACCUCGCCGACUCGCCCUACCAGAAGGGGCUCGUCGUCACCGCCGACCUCGUCCUCAACCGGAUCAAGUAACCUCCCACGCGCCUACCCCACGUGACAGCUUCCCACGUGACACUUUUUGAACCGUUUACAGUGACAUUCGCGAGUGCCGCGACUGUGAGUGACGCUCGAUGCGUGUGAGUGGCGCCGACGCGGCGAGAUAUUGUCUCUAGAUAUUACGUCAAGCUAUACCGUGCGCCCUGAUAUUACGAUUUAACGAAUUAUAUUCGUAUAAACAUAUAAUUUUGUUAUCACCGAUCGGCCCGUGCGUCCGGAUCGCUGACAUCGCUCCCGCGACGUAUCAUAUAUUUAUUUAUAUUAUAUACGUACGUAUAGCAUUGUGUAAAGUUUUAUAUUGUAUGUUUGUACUUUUUUAUGUAUCCCUCACUUGUGUGACCUGAUUUAAUUUAAGAUAGUUUUCUACGAAAGUAUUUGAAAUACCGUGAACUAUCUGCGACCGGUUCGAAGGAACCGCCGAAGCGUUGUACCGAGCCAUGUUGAUGACGUUGUAAUGUGCAUGCUGUCUCCUCGACUUCGUUCCCUUCGUUCCUCUAUCCUCGAGUCGUGCAAUCUUGUAGGUGUAGUGUAGUACCUGUGUGUUCGCGCACGUUGUCAAAUCGAUUCAUCACAAAAUUGAUCCUAGUGUGGAUUUCACUUGCUCGUGUUCGGCUGUUGUUAAGUUGAUGCUGUGUAAAUACUGAGAGUCAUUGGAUAAGUUACCCGUUUAUCUUCAAAACCAAUUACCUCAAUUUCUUUAGUGUACACGUUACAUACUAGAGGUGUAUAUGUUCUGUUGUAGUAUUAAAUUGUAAGUUUUGUAUGAGGCCGCACAAUAUUUAGGCAAAAUUGUUAAACCGUUAAGAACUUAUAAACAUUAUUAGGUAAAUUAGUAAUAGAAUUGUAAAUAAAUAAUAAUGUUACAAUAGGUUCUAUCGACCAUGAUAAAAAAAUAUAUUCAUACUAUCGGUACAGAAAUGUACACAAGACAUGCACUAAGAGCGCAGUAUUUCUGAAACUUUUCAUGAAGUUCUUUUUAUUUAACAAAAUAUUAGUCAUUAAUAAGGUAUCAAUUAGAGUAGGCGGACACAAUGACUGAUGUGGGUACGCCUUUGUAAAACUCCAAGCCUUGCACCAGGCCUCGCCACAGCGGACAGCGCCCAGGAGCUCGGGCGAUAGAUUAGUUAAAUUAUUCGUGCUUCAAAGGCUUGCAGUUUUACGAAUUCAAAUUAGGGAGUUAAUUGUACAACGAACUUCAGGUGAAAUUAUAUGUGUAUUGUAUCUCGGUUAUUGUGCCAGCCAAACAAUAAAUGGAGAUGGAGAUGUAUGAUUUUUGUACAUUAAAUGUUAAAAGGGAGUCAAUGAAUUUUAUUUAUAUGUAUGUAGACAUGUACGUAGCUCAUAUUGUUUGUAAAUAUUAUUAUUCUGUAAAAUGCUAAAUCAUGAAUAAUUUUUAAUAUAAAUAUUAGUUACAGAA